AUGAGAGCAGCUCAGAGUCGACAAAAGAGUUAUGAAGAUAAUGGUCAUUGCCAAUUAGAGUUUGAGCUUGGGGAUAAGGUAUUCUUAAGGAUUGCACCGAUGAAAAGGGUCAUGAGAUAUGCAAAGAAGGACAAGUUGAGUCCUAGAUCUGUCGGGCCCUUUGAGAUUCUAAAUCGGAUUGGCCCAAUGGCUUACAGGGUGGCCCUACCACCAGCACUUUCAAAGGUACACGACGUAUUUCACGUAUCUAUGCUGAGGAAGUAUAUGUCCGAUCCCACCCCACUGAUUGACUAUGAACCACUUCAACUUUAG